ACUGCAACACAAUCAUUGACAAUCCCCAAAGCUGCUCUUAGGGUUAAACUCCCCAAAGUUUUUGAGGGCCUGGGCAAGCUAAAGGGCUAUCAACUAAAGUUACACCAGGAUGACAGUAUCGCACCUGUGUCACAACCCCUUCGCCAAAUACCAUUUAGCAGGAGGCAGAAAGUGACCACAAAGUUGAAGCAAUUAGAAGAACUGGAUGUCAUUGAAAAAGUCAAUGGUCCCACCAGCUGGAACAAUUCACUUGUUGCCGUAGAGAAGCCCAACGGAGACAUUCGCAUUUGUUUCGACAUGAGACAGGUGAAUCGUGCGAUCCUCAGGGAGAAACACCCAGUUCCUGAAGUCAUAUGUUAAUGAGGAAAAAUGUAAACAAUGAUGUUACAAAAGAUUUGCCCAUUUAAAAAGGGAGGCACUAGCCGUCCGGUGGGCCUGUCAAAAAUUCGACCUCUACUUGUAUGGAAUGGAGUUUUAGCUCUGCACAGACCACAAACCAUUGGUAACUGUCUUCGGGGAAAGAGAACUCUACGGACGCUCUAAGCCGGUUCCCAGUAGGUCCAGCUCAGGACCAUGAUGCCUGUGAGAGCACAGAAUAUGCCUGCAGCAUAGCUAGUGAAGCCGUACCAGCAGCACUCACACCCCAACAAGUUGAGCAAGCAUCUGCAAAAGAUCCCACAUUACAGUUGGUUUGUCAAGCUGUUGCCUCAGGAAACUGGAGUCGCUUAUCGGGCACACUGUACGAAAGCUUUGGCAGAAGAACAAGGGGUCCUUGGCCAGCUUCUCCCCAGGGGUAACCAUAUUAUCAUGCCAGAAAGCCUCUGGAAGCAUACUAUUGCACUCACACAUGAGGGCCACCAGGGUAUGACACACACAAAGGCUUACCUUAGAGAAAAGGUAUGGUGGCCCAACUUGGACAAGCAGGUUGAACAGUCUGUAAAAACCUGCCACCCUUGCCAGCUAGUCGGCCCUAGAAGCAAGACUGAACCUAUCAGGUCAACAACAUUACCCAAAGUUCCAUGGGGUGACAUCGCCAUUGACCUAUUGGAGAUUCCCCGUGGAAACCACCUGCUUGUAGUAGUAGACAACUACUCAUGCUGGCCCAAAGUUAUCUUGUUAAAAAAGACAGACGCUUCACUCGUCACAAGAACAAUGGAGGGUAUCUAUCAAACACAUGGCAAACCCGAGAGUGUCUGCAGUGACAAUGGCCUGCCAUUCCCUCUGCAGAAUUUGAAGGCUUUCUAGAUUACCUAGGAAUAGCUCACCUAAAAGGAAUCCCCUACUGGCCUCAGAGUAAUGGUGAAGUCCAGCCCUGUAACGAGACUUUACUAAAGAUAAUAAGGAUCACCACCUUAGAAAGUAGAGGGGCAAAAUUUUCUCUUCCAGUACCGAACUGCACGUCACACAGUGUCUGGAUUGUUCCCAGCCAAGUUCUUGAUGGGUCGACGCCUUAAUGAUAAACUCCCAAGAGUUACCAUUCCAAGUGAGAGAAUCACCAAGGCUCACUGGCAGCAGCUUCUUCGCGAAAGAGAUGCGUGGGGAAAACUUCGACAGAAAGAGUAUGCAGACAGCAAGCGGUUGGCACAAUACAGUGAUAUUGGAGGAGAUCACAUCUUGCUCAACAAGAGCCGUGACAGCAAACUGUCUCCCAACUUCAAACCACUACCAUACAAAGUGGUGGAAAAGAAGGGCAAUGCUGUCCUAAUACAAGAUCAGGAAGGAAACACCAAGCUGCAUGACGCGAGUCACAUGAAGAAGUUUAUCCAGCUGGACCCUUCCACUGAAGCCACUGAAGCUCACAGAGGAGACAAGGCAGAGGACAUGCCCACUGGAAGACAGUUGGAAACAACUGCUUUGACCCCACCAACCAAUAUUGAUAAGCAGCCUACCCUACCUUCUGAAUCCAGUGCAAGUCCCCUUCCUUCAAGGCUCGCUCGUGUUAGGCACCCUCCAGCAUGGAUGAGUGUCUUUGUAUCCCUUUGUGCUUAAACUCCAAAACAUCCAAUGCAAAUCUAUGUAGAUGACUCUAUGCAAAUUUAUUUGUUUGUAGUUUCUGGACAUUGGACAUUCAUUAUUUGGCCAUUAGCUAUCUGCGUGAUAGGGAGUUUUGUAAUAUGUAAGGGGGUGAUGUGGCGUAGUGACAGUGACAUUUACGCCACGUGACAUUGGAAACCAUGUGCUAGAGAGAGUCUGCCAUCUUGUCAAUAGAAUUGUUGUGUUCCUACAAUAUUUUGUGUUUUCUUCUCUUGCGAAGCUACUACAUGGGGGUGAAAGAGGAUGAUGAUUCACCAGUUACAAAUACUCCUCAGUAGGAAGGAACUAGAGAGUGUAUUAUUCAGGCCGAAUAUGAAAUUGUUUUCUCUCACCUGGAGGCAUUCUUAUCGUGUGAGGACCGAUUAAAAGUUCUUCAGAGCACAAUCUAUAUAUAAGCCGUCAAAGCAGUGAUUUUAGAUGAGGCGCAUUGCGUCCUUGAAUGGUGAGCAAAUGCAUUUAAAAAAGCUAAAAGUACUCUAAUCCAUUACAUGACACUUUUUCAGAAAUGUUGUAAUGUAGCCAGUUUAGAUCCUUGUGUCCUGUAUUUUUUUAAAAGAAUACUGAUCAUGACAUGAGUAAUAAAUAGUUGUUUUUCUUAUUCUAUCACUGGGUUGAUAUCAAAAAUAUAUUCACUCUUGUCUUAUUUUACUGCAUCCAUAAUUGCAUUUCUAGUAAAUAGUAAGUGAUGGAUUGAAGACUCACCAUCAGUAAAAUGAUCAAAUUAUACCUUGACCUAUCUUGUCCUCAUGUAAUUAUUCAAGGCUUUUCCUCCCCUUUCUCCAAGGAGUUCUAAGAUUUGGGAGGAUAUGAUGCAAUUAGCCAUGUGGCGGUACUUUUGGCACUUCGAUCAAUAAUUAUUAUGAACUGUAUUAUAUCUUACUUUUCAAACAGGGGAGAUGACUUCAGGCCUGAUUAUGGGAAAUUAAGUGUACUUGCUGCCCUUUUCCCAAGUGCUCCCAUAGCAACCCUUACUGCAACAGCAACAACUGGUGAUAGACAGACUAUUUGUAACACACUUUGUCUGAAGAAUCCCAAGCCGUUAAUAGCAAAUCUCAACUGCCCAAAUGUCUUUUUUUGCCAAGGUAUUC